AUGGCAGCGAUCCCGACCAACACGGCAGCAGCGAUGGCAUCGGGAAAGGGCGGGAAAUCUUCUCUCCAGGCCCGUAGCCCGUCUGGUAGUCCGUUGCCGAACGUCGAACUGGACGAAACCACCAUCGCCCUCAUCAAGGAGAAUGAACAGAUGCUCCAGGCCAUCACGGCGCUGCAGCACGAACUUGACAAACAGCAGGGGCGUCUCAACGACGCCGAGGAGGCGCGGAUGAGCCUCGCCGACGAGGUUGCCGAGCUGCGCAGCCAGCUGGGUCUGGCAACGAGCGAGGUAACAACAUCGACAGGCAAGGUGCUCAACUACAAGACGGCCUUCACCGACCUGCAGCACGCAUUUGAUCAGCUCAAGAAGGACUCGGACGCCACGAAGGAGAAGCUCGAAGAGGCUACGAAGCGGGAACGGCUGCUUAUGCAAAACGCCUCCAACACGGCGCGGCAGCAGAGUCACCUGAAGGAGUCAUUUGACUUGGUGACGCUCGCCCUGAAGAUGCCGAACUCCUUCCUCGUCUCCAUUCAGCGAAUAAUGGAGAAGUUGAAUGAUCCGGCGCUGCGCCCGGCAGACCGGCAGCGCAAGCUGAGGGACGACAUUGACCGACUCCAGGCGCAGGUGGCAGCGUACAAGCCAGACGUAUCAGCGGCUGCGGCGCUGGUAGACGGUGUGCCGAACGUGGACAUUCCAAUCCGGCAGUGCGCAUACGCCUUCUUGUCUGUGGUCAUGACGCUGCUGAAGAACGAAGUAGACAAGUAG